AUGGGUAUAGUGUGGCAGUGUGGGCGUACGAGGUGUCAGUGCUGCAGUGUGUAUCUGGUAGAGCGUGGCGCGCGGCGUGGCGUGUUCGCGGCAGUAAUGGUGAUGGAGCGACUGGCGGACUUCGUCAGCAAGUCGCUGGAGGGUGGUGAAGCGCCAGCGCCGCCGCCGGAGCCGGGCGAGGCUGAUGAUGCUGAUGAUGUAGAAGUAGACAUUACGGAGCUCGAGGACAAGGCGCCGCCACCUAAGAGGCCGCGCAACUGGCUCCUGUCGCCUGUGCCAUUGCAACAUUGCAAGAGGGAGACGAGUCAUGACGACGAUGACGAGCACAGGCAUGAUUUAACAGACAAAUCGCCUAACGGUAGUAGUAACAAUGGAGGCGGUAAGCAGCGGAGGUCGCGGACCAACUUCACCCUUGAGCAGCUCGGCGAGCUAGAGCGACUGUUUGACGAGACACAUUACCCUGAUGCCUUCAUGAGGGAGGAGCUCAGCCAGAGACUUGGACUCAGUGAGGCUCGAGUACAGGUUUGGUUUCAAAACCGAAGAGCAAAAUGUCGCAAACAUGAAAGUCAGAUGCACAAAGGUCUGCUGGUAAGUGGAGGUGGUACACCACUGGAGCCGUGUCGUGUGGCACCAUACGUGUCAGUUCCACGGCUGUCGGCAGUGCCACGUCCUCCUUCAACUGCGCCUCCGUUACCACCCAUACCACAUCCUCCACCUUCCACUGCCUUUGCGCCCUUCGACUCAGCGCUUCUUUCCGCUGCUGCUCAUCAGUACGCAAGUGCAGCAGCAGCGGCAGCAGCGGCAGCUCUAUGUCCACCAUACGCGGGGCUUGCAGCCCUUGCAGCGAGAUGUCGGUCCUCUUCCAUCGCAGACCUUCGUCUGAAGGCACGGCGACACGCGGCCGCACUGGCCGCAGCACGCGCCUCGCCACCGCCACACGCACAAGUGUCCACACCCGCACCCGCCUCUACACCCGCUGACACAUAG